AUGAUAUCAAAAUCAGUAACCAACAUUGUAAACAGAACUGAAAUUUACCGACUCGAAGAAACUUGUUCGCGGCUUAUUUCAUUAUGCAACUCCAAGUCUUUCAAAGAAGGUAUAUGCAUUCACAGCCCAAUUAUCAAGUUGAGUCUUCAGGAUAAAUUAUUCUUAAACAACAAUUUGCUCUCGCUUUACGUAAAAUGCUCCAGAGUGGAAAAUGCACGCCACUUCUUUGAUGAAAUGCCUCUAAAAGACGUCGCUUCUUGGACCGGGAUCUUGUCUGGUUAUGUUAAGAAUAAAAAACACUACGAGGCGCUUGAUUUGUUUUAUUGUAUGAUGAUUUCUGGUCAAUAUCCCAAUGAGUUUACGUUUUCGAGUGUCUUGAGAUCGUGUUCUGCUCUUGGUGAAUUCAACUAUGGAACUCGAGUUCAGUCCUAUGUUAUCAAAUAUGGAUUUCAAUCAAAUCCUUUUUCGGGCAGUGCUUUGAUUGAUUUAUACUCCAAAUGGGGUUUCACUAAUGAAGCUUAUAAGUUAUUUACAUGUAUGGAAAACGGUGAUACUGUUUCUUGGACUACAAUGAUCUCUUCGUUUGUUAAAGAGCGAAAAUGGAGCCGGGCUUUGCAAUUUUACGUUCAUAUGAUUGAGGCCGGUGUUCAUCCAAAUGAGUUCACUUUUGUGAAAAUUUUAGCUGCUUCCUGUUUUCUUGGUUUAAGUUAUGGAAGAUUGGUUCAUGGUCACAUGAUUGUUCGGGGAGUCAAGAUGAAUGUGGUGUUGAAAACUGCCCUUGUUGAUAUGUAUUCGAGAUGCCAGAGGAUGGAAGAUGCUAUCAAGGUCUCAAAUUUGACGCCUGAAUAUGAUGUGUUGUUAUGGACUACUAUUAUAUCUGGGUUUACUCAGAACUUGAAGUUUAGAGAGGCUGUUGCUGCAUUUCAUGAUAUGGAGGUUUGUGGAGUAGCACCAAAUAACUUCACGUAUUCUAGUAUCUUGGGUGCAUGCUCAUCAGUUCUAUCUUUGGAUCUGGGGAGACAGAUUCAUUCACGAGUGAUUAUGGCUGGAUUGGAGGAUGAUGUGUCUGUUGGAAAUGCACUUGUUGACAUGUACCUAAAGUGUUCCAGCAUGAUAGAAAGUGGCUUGAGAGCUUUUAGAGUAAUAAGCUCACCAAAUGUCAUCUCUUGGACCUCUUUGAUUGCUGGUUUUGUCGAACAUGGUUUUCAUCAAGAAGCUUUUCAACUUUUCGAGGAGAUGCAGGCUUCAGGAGUGCAACCAAAUUCCUUUACAAUCUCGAGUAUUCUUGGGGCCUGCAGUACAGUAGAAUCUGUAAGCCAACUGUCGAAAAUCCAUGGAUGUGCUAUCAAAACAGAAGUGGAUGAUGAUAUAGUCGUUGGGAAUGCUUUAGUGGAUGCUUAUGCUGGGUUGGGAUUAGUAGAUGAUGCAUGGCAAGUGAUUAGCAAGAUGAGUCACCGAGAUGCUGCCGCAUACACAAGUUUAGCCACAAGAAUGAAUCAGAUGGGUCAUCAUGAAGCGGCGUUGAACAUCAUAACUCACAUGUAUAAUGACAAUGUCAAGAUGGAUGGAUUUAGCCUGGCCAGCUUCAUAGCUGCAUCAGCGAGCUUGGCUGGGGAGGAAAUUGGAAAGCAACUUCACUGCCAUUCCAUGAAAUCUGGAUUAGUUUGCUGGAUUUCAGUUUCAAAUAGCCUAGUUGACCUCUAUGGGAAAUCUGGAUCUUUAUCUGAUGCACACAGAGUUUUUAGGGAAAUAACUGAGCCAGACGUUGUGUCAUGGAACACAUUGAUAUCUGGAUUGGCAUCAAAUGGGUAUAUCUCCUUUGCUCUCUCAGCUUUUGAUGAUAUGAGGUUAGCAGGAAUCAAGCCCGAUUAUGUUACAUAUUUGAUAGUGCUUUCUGCUUGUAGUCGAGGUGGACUGGUUGACUUGGGUCUUGAGUAUUUCCAGUCUAUGGAAAAAGUGCAUUAUUUAUUGCCACAGUUUGAUCAUUAUGUUCGUUUAGUUGAUCUUCUUGGACGAGCCGGCAGGCUAGAGGAGGCAAUGGAUGUGCUACAAACUAUGCCUUUUAGGCCAGAUGCUCUGAUCUACAAAACAUUACUGGGUGCCUGCAAGAUGCAUAAGAAUGUACCUCUCGGGGAAGAUAUAGCAAGGAGAGGGCUCGAACUUGACCCUUCAGAUCCAGCAUUCUAUGUGCUGCUUGCAGACCUGUAUAAUAAUACUGGCCAUUCUGAUUUAGCUGAGAAUACUUUCCAGAUGAUGAGAGAAAGAGGUUUGAUGAAUCCUGAACCAAGCUCGAUGGAAUAUGGGAACAAGAUUCAUCUCUUUAUUGCGGGACAUGCUGAAGAUGGGGUUCAUGAAGAAAAUAGACUGAGCUAUAACAGAGUUUAAGGAUUACAUAUAUCAAUAUGAAGACAUGGAGUGAGAUAUUGUAUAUUAGGCUGCUGCAUAUUCAGUCUUUCAGCCUUCUAAAUACAUGAAAGACUCGUAUAGUUAUAACCUAUAUGCAGAGAUUACCUUUAACAUCUUAUUCCUUGUGACUACUGAUAUGGACCAUGGGGAGCAUUGUGAGCCAUGGAAAAUGAUUUCAUUCCUUCAUGAUGAAUGCUUGUGCAGGGCCAUUGGUAGUCUUAAUUCUGGAACGAGACUUUCCAAGACCUUGUGGAUCAGUUCCCAGUCAGGAUAGAUGAUUCUUCCGUCAGGUUAAAGUUUGUUUGAACGAGGCCAUUUACUUUCACAAGGAGAAUGGGAAAAGAAUUUGUGAGAUGUUUUACAGUUUGGCAGCUUGAAUUGAAGCUGAUGGCUACUGUGUCAAUCACUCUGAAUGGCCAGGCUUAUGAAAUUUCAAAAGGCUUUAGCCCCUGUGAACUUUUGGAAAAUACUGGAACUAACUACGGUUGCUUAUUCUGCAUAGUACAUGACUAUUGCAAAGCGAGCACGAAAAUAAUCCAAAUUGUUUGCGCCUAAAAAUCAACUCAUUACCAUGUUCUUCUGUUUUGGCGUCCUGAGCUGAUGAAUUCUGCAGUGGUUAAGCCGAAGCCCCAUCCUCAAUGUUUAACCUCCUGCGAAAGUAGUUGCUGCUAAAAGAUUCUUCGCAAUAUCGAGUAUAAAUCUGUACGAAUAUGAAUUGCACAGCAGUUGGAACUAUUUCCUGCAUUUGGUGAGUUGGGGAAAGGCGAGAAGGAGGGUAAUUCUGAGGUCUCUUGUUCUGGUUUCAGGUUUGUGAAAUCAGUUGCUCAGAUGCCUUACAAGUAGAGGAAGAUGAGUUACAGCUCCAUUUAAAAUUGCUUGUUUGGAUUCUGGAAGUUGAUACCAGAGUCAAGUUGUAAACAGGCGAAACAUGAUGAGUUUGAGUUCAUUAAAUUAUA